AUGCUGCAGUCGCUGUGGAAAAGCAUCUCAUCGUGGGGGGAUCUACCAGCCAACUUCCCUUAUACCCUGGGAUCGGCCAUACCUUAUGGUUUCGAGCUACCAGGGGGAUUCGUUCAAUUUUCUGCAACCAGCACAAGGCAAUCCACCGGUGCUGCCGUGGAAGGAAGCGGCCGCCAGCGUCCAAUUCUGGAUGCAUUGCUUAACCCAGGCAAUGCAUCUCAGGUAUCUGUCUUUGCACUGAAGCGUGCCAAACAGCAGUCACCACCGUUUAAAAGCAACGGCUCAGUGUCUUUGCCCACUUUUGAUCAGGCGAAGAACCACUUCGCUAAGUGCAAGACACUGCUUCAUCCAAACCUCCUCAAGGUACUUGGCACAUACGAAACGAACAAUGCCCUCUACAUUGUUACAGAAUGUUGUUUUUCCCUGGUACACGUGGUAUACCUCAACCGACAGCAGCAGCAGCAGCAAGAGUUAGCUGCUAAACGGCCCCCUUCAUUACCACAGCAGCAGAGAAGUGAUCCACCCACAGCUUCAGUCGAUGGAGUUUCAGAUUCUACUCGUAAAGCGGAGGCGGCGACAGUUGCCGCAGCUGAGGUGGCCGCCAACACCUGCUGGAAUUUCCUCGAGUUAACAGAAAGCCUUUCUUUUCUCCAUGACCAAUGCAAACUUGUCCACGGCGAGGUUUCACCCUUUUCCAUAUUCGUCACUCCACAUGGGAAAUGGAAGUUGAGCUCCUUUGUUCUGACGCGCUCCUUGGAGGAUGUGCAGUGGCCGGAGUUUUACUCUUUAAUGCUAUCAACUGCAAGCGCAGCCCAGGGAUGGGAACCACCAAGGCCCUCACCAGGAUCUCGACCAGACUUUCUCGACAGGUGGGGGCUUUGCUCCGUGUUUGCCUGGUGGCAAGAGUGUCUUAGGGACCCUUAUAGCUCUGUCCGGCCUGUACGCUCUAACCGAAAUGAUGGCUCUUCUUGCGGCCUCUCUAUUGGCAUCAGCGAUGCAUCAUUCCAAAGGGCCCUGCACAAAGUACCUCCUGCUUUACAACGAUUGAUGCGGAGGAUUUUGGAUUCGAGCGGAAGCGCUGUUAGGCUGUCCAAGUUGACUGAUGGCGGCGAUCCGUGUUUUGCAGGGGAUGUCUGCUGCCAAUUUUUGGCAUUUAUCCGCACUUUCCCUGUUAGGAGUCAUGUGGACAAGGAGAGAUUUUUUGAGCAGCAACUGCCAACAGCCCUCCAACAGCAACAGAUACCGUAUGGCAUGGCUGUGCACUUGCUACUUCCUGAACUGGCGUUGUUGUUCAUGAACAGCAGCGCGUCGGCGUAUCACUGUAGCAUCAUCAAGUGCAUCAUGUCAAUUGUAGCGCCUCUGUCUACUCCGUCAGGAAGCUCGGUAAAGCGCAACAGCUGCACUAGGGAUGAGGCCGCGGUUCCACUUCAAUUGUUUUCUGAAGUUCUUACCCAUGCUUUCGAUAACUCUGAUAGGGCCAUACGAUUCGCCUUGCUUUCCCAGCUACCUGCAGUGCAGAGUCUGCUGCCUGAUGACUUUUUUGGUCGCACAUGGUCUUCAUUGACAUUGGGCCUAGAAGACUCCGCUCCUCCCAUUCGGGCAUUCACUGCACGCAUUCUGUCACUUUAUGUUUCGCGUUUGCCGCGUGAUGCGCCCCAGGCCUCUACGGCAUUUGCUCUUCUCGAGCACAGGCUGCGAGAUUCGGCAGGCGCAGUUCGUCUUGAGGCUGUCAUCGCUGCGGCAGCCGCAGCAAUGAGCAUUAGAGAGAGCGGCACGCAAGGAUGCCCACCCGUGCUGGUGGAAAUCCUCUCGGCAUCCCUUCGAGACCCAGAAGAUAACAUCCGACUGGCUGGCUUGGAGGCAAGCGCCUACUGCGCGGAUUCAUUGCCACUGGAGGGAUUGGUGACUCUGCUUGCUGCCGCCUCGCCGUGCUUUCUGUCGCCGUCAGCGGCAGUUAUUUCUGCAACCUCAUCGUGCAUUAAUGUCUUAGCGGUUGCUGCGAAAGCAAGAGCGGAGAUGAAACAACAGCCACACGACCAGCGAACAGAAGCAGGGUUCAGUAAGCCGCAGGCUGACACGGCAGAACUCAUGCUGCAUGGAGGUGACGAUAUGGAGAUUCCAGCAGACACAUGGGAAACAGUACCAUGCUUUGAAACCCAGAAGCAUGGGUCAAACCCUUCUUGUGGAAGCAGUGUCGGAGGGGCCACUGCGCCGCAACGGGAGGAUGCUGUCAACAAUAACUUUGGGGGUCACAGGAUCCAGCGGAGCGCUACACAAGGCGAGGCUCCCUCUCUCUGUACUGGGAUGCACACGUCGGUCGUUAGUAGAGGUGCCAGUGGCAGCAUGCGCCUCCAGGCAGCAGCGCCAGCACCUCUUCUGGCGGUUAAAGGAGGUACAUGCGCAACGGGCACGGCAGCCAACAAGGGGAACUUCAUUCCAGCCCCUGCAUCAACGGUAGAAGCGUCCUUUUCCGCAGAUGACUUUUUCGCCUCUGUCGAGAGAGAAGCAGCCAAGCGGAACAUUUAA